AUGAGUGAGAGGCGAAGAUCGGCGGUGGCCCUCAGCUCCCGAGCGCACGCUUUCUCAGUAGAAGCCUUGAUUGGGACAAAUAAAAAGAGGAAACUGCGAGACUGGGAGGACAAGGGGCUGGAUUUGUCCAUGGAAAGCCUCAGCCCCAAUGGCCAGCUAGGGGACAAUGAAGACCCGACUCAGUGCCUGGACCUCAACCCCGACUCAGAGCAGAGCACUGGGUCAGACACAGAGGUGCUGGCAGAAAGGACAUCUUGCUCAUUUGGCUCCCAUUCUGACCUUACAUCUGGUGGCUCAGGUCCUCAGCCUCCUCCUCCUUCAUCCAUGGAAGAGAUCCAGGUAGAGUUGCAAUGUGCUGACCUCUGGAAAAGAUUCCAUGAUAUUGGGACAGAGAUGAUCAUCACUAAAGCAGGCAGGAGAAUGUUUCCAGCCAUGAGAGUGAAAAUUACAGGCUUGGAUCCCCACCAGCAAUAUUACAUUGCCAUGGACAUUGUGCCUGUGGAUAACAAGAGAUACAGGUAUGUGUAUCACAGCUCCAAGUGGAUGGUGGCUGGCAAUGCUGACUCCCCAGUGCCCCCGAGGGUUUACAUCCACCCUGACUCGUUGGCUUCUGGAGACACCUGGAUGAGGCAGGUGGUCAGUUUUGACAAGCUCAAACUGACCAACAACGAGCUUGAUGAUCAAGGCCAUAUAAUAUUACACUCAAUGCAUAAGUACCAGCCCCGUGUUCAUGUCAUCCGCAAGGACUUCAGCAGUGACCUUUCUCCAACAAAACCAGUUCCUUCAGGUGAUGGGGUGAAAACCUUCAACUUCCCAGAGACUGUCUUCACCACAGUGACAGCCUACCAAAAUCAACAGAUCACUAGGUUAAAAAUUGACAGAAACCCUUUUGCUAAAGGUUUCAGAGACUCUGGGAGAAACAGAACGGGCCUGGAGGCUAUCAUGGAGACCUAUGCCUUCUGGAGGCCUCCUGUGCGCACACUCACUUUUGAAGACUUCACUACCAUGCAGAAACAGCAAGGAGGCAGUACAGGUACCUCCCCAACAACCUCCAGCACGGGGACACCGUCGCCCUCUGCUUCCUCUCAUCUUCUCUCUCCAUCCUGCUCUCCUCCAGCCUUUCAUUUGGCCCCCAACACUUUCAACGUUGGCUGCCGGGAGAGUCAGCUUUGCAACCUCAACUUGUCCGAUUAUCCUCCGUGUGCCAGGAGCAACAUGGCCGCGUUGCAGAGCUACCCGGGGCUGAGUGACAGCGGGUACAACCGGCUGCAGAGUGGCACCGCCUCUGCCUCUCAGCCAUCAGAGACCUUCAUGCCUCAGAGGACUCCCUCCUUGAUCUCAGGAAUGCCUACUCCUUCCUCACUGCCCACCAACAGCAAGAUGGAGGCAUACAGUGGCCAGCUGGGGUCCUUCCCCAGCUCCCAGUUUCAGUAUGUCAUGCAAGCAGGCAACCCUGCCUCCACCUCUUCUUCCUCGCACAUGUUUGGUGGCGGCCACAUGCAGCAGAGCUCCUACAACGCCUUCUCCCUUCACAAUCCCUACAACCUCUAUGGAUACAAUUUCCCUGCUUCCCCAAGGCUGGCAGCAAGCCCAGAGAAACUGACCACCUCCCAAAGCACUUUACUCUGUUCCUCCCCUUCCAGUGGGGCCUUCGGAGAGAGGCAAUACCUUUCGACAGGCAUGGAUCACGGGAUGCACAUGAUCAGCCCUCCGUCUGGCAAUCAGCAAACAGCCAACGCCUGUGACAACAGACAGUACGGUGCUGUUCAGGCCUCCUCCUCACAGAUGUCUGUGCACAUGGUCUAA